CCCGCCGGGAGGCUCAGGGAGGGACUUUUGUCCGCUUUGGACCGACGCCGCUGACGGCCGGGUAUCCGCCAUGAAGUUUCGCGCCAAGAUCGUGGACCUGGCUUGUCUGAAUCAUUUCACACGAGUCAGUAACAUGGUAGCCAAGCUUGCCAAAACCUGCACCCUCCGCAUCUGCCCGGAGAAGCUGAACUUCAUCCUGUGUGACAAGCUGGCCAGUGGAGGUGUGAGCAUGUGGUGUGAGCUGGAGCAGGAGAACUUUUUCAGUGAAUUUCAAAUGGAAGGAGUCUCUGAAGAAAACAACGCGAUUUAUUUAGAAUUAACGUCGGAAAACUUAUCUCGAGCCUUGAAGACCGCCCAGAACUCCAGAGCCUUGAAAAUCAAGCUGACUAACAAACACUUUCCCUGUCUUACCGUGUCUGUAGAGGUGCAGUUGUCUUCAUCAAGCAGUAGCAGAAUUGUGGUGCAUGAUAUCCCCAUAAAGAUUAUUCCCAGAAGACUGUGGAAGGACUUACAAGAACCCUCCAUCCCAGACUCUGAUGUCAGUAUUUGUUUACCAGCCUUGAAGAUGAUGAAGAGUGUUGUGGAAAAGAUGAGAAACAUUAGCAAUCAGAUUGUGAUUGAAGCAAACCUAAAGGGAGAACUAAACCUGAAGAUAGAAACUGAGUUAGUAUGUGUGACUACUCAUUUUAAGGAUCUUGAAAACCCUCUAUUACCCUCUGACAGUGCUUCUCAAAACAGACACCCAGAACACCUGGCCAAGGUGCAAGUCGACAUAAGGAAACUCCUCCAGUUUCUUGCCGGACAGCAAGUGACUCCCACCAAGGCCGUGUGCAAUCUUGUGAGUAACAGAACUGUUCAUUUUGAUUUGCUCCUGGAAGACGUCUCCCUUCAGUAUUUCAUCCCAGCCUUGUCCUAGCGCCAUCUCAGCAGACUUGGGAGCAUAGAGACGUUUGUCGCCAUGAGAGAAGCACUGAAUGAUAUGGUUGGUCCGCUGCCUGUCUGCACAGUACCACACAUCUGUACUGGGCGUAUUUCUCUCCGUAUGCUGCUUUAAGGACAGAUGGAAUUCAUGAAGCACAGUUGGAUAGUUAUUCCUUCAAAUUACUCAACACCAACCCCCUUAUCCCUUUAAGACAGUAAGAGGAAAAGAGAAUUUCUUUUUUAUAGAGUUUUGUUGUUUUGUUGUCUUCUGGUGCCGGAGUUGAGACCAGGGCCUCGUGCAUGCUGGGCAUGUGCUCUGCCUGCCACUGAGCUGCCCCCGUUCUAACCUAAAAUUUGAGUAGUGGCUUGUCAAUUGAGGUUGCAAAAAUUACAUGUGUAGAAUUCCUGUUGCAGUCUGUUCCCAGGAGUACCCCCAAGGCAGUCUCCAGCUCAUCCCCUGGUAUGGCACGGCUGUCUGAGCUUAGAGUUUAGCAUGCUCAUUUCUCCACCCACACAUCUGGGAGCUCAGUGCAAAAUGGACAGCCCUGUGUCCCUGCAGCGUGCCUGGUUGCUCACCACACUGUGAGGAUCCUGGAGUCAAGGCCACUCACUUCCUUCUCACUGCCUGCGGAGUCAGAGAGCCUGGGGAACCUGCAGAGCGCCCAGCCUGGAGAAAUUGGGUCCCUGAGCGCCUAAAGGAUCCAGAAGCCCACCCCAACCCACUCAGUUCCCAUCUUGAACUUGUCCUUUUUGUAUUUUCUGGUUUUAGCUUAUAACCUAGUUCCCUGUUUCGGAGCACUCAGGCUCAAGCCCAGGACUGGGUAGAAGCUAGGCAAGCACUCUGUGGACUCUGUCUCCAGUCCUUUAUGUCACAGUCCUUCCACAGUGUCAGAUCUACCCUCCGUAAAGCACAUUGUGUUGUGUAAAGCAGUCGAAGCUUGGCUGUCUGUCAUAUCUGUGAAGUGAUAAUGGUGUGUCCUGCUCCUGAAUUGGAGCCGGCUCACCCUAGACAGUGUGACUUCCCAUUCUCCAAAAACACCGUUACCAGGUUUUCUGUUUUAACUAGGUGUCAGGUGUCCCACGAGGCGGCAUCAUAAAGAGAGUUUUCAUGUCACAAAGUCAAGGCCUAAGUUGCCUAGGAUACGAUUUUUAAAAGAAAAAAAGAAAAUUAAACAAAAAGAACAUUUCAUGUUUGGCCUUUUCAAAUUAUUUAGGAAAAGUAGUAUUUCUCAAUGGCUGUUAGGAUUAUUCACUGUAGUUUCCAUUUUUACUAGAAAGGUUCUUGUGUAAGUCAGGCAGGAUUCAGAUGAGCUGCGCAUAGAUUGGCCUGAACUCCCAAGCUCCAUAGCUGCCUCCUGCUCCCGUGAGGCGAUGGAGCUAUGAGCCACCACACUGCUGGCUCUUCUGCUAUUUAAGAAAAUACGCUUAAUCAAGCUAGUAUUUUAAAAUUAGGGUUUCUUUAAUUGUUAACGCUUGAAACAAAAAUCAGUCAAAAUCAUGAUGCAGAUGGAAUUUCGGGAGGCUCCCUGCACCUUGUUCCUUCAGCUUGUCUUUCUACCGGAAGUACCAGAACCUCACUAGUCACAAUUUCACCACUAUGCUGCAAACCUGAUGCCAUUAACUUUACAGUGACUUAAGGUGGGGGAGAAAAGAAACUUCUGUUGGCAGUGAGGGGCUGUGGUCUUUCUGGUUCUUGUCACAACUCUCUGCAUAGUGGUCUUUUCCCAGCUUAUGUCUCAAGGAGCUGUAGUCAAGGGAGGGGGCUGAGAAAGCACCAGGUUAUGGGAACGCGGAGCUGUUUUGUGGAACCCCAUGCUGAGGUGGAGACUGAGACCAGAGACAUUUUACUGUGUGUUGAAGGAGCAAGGGGUCUGAGGUUUGGACAUGGACUUUCACUCGCUGUGACUGCCUAAAACUCUGAGGUUUGGAGAGUACUUCCUGCCAGGGCUCAGAACCCACAUCCCUGGUAGCUAUGUUUUGAACUGAGAUUUUAAGACUGUCCUGAGACAGUCAGGAAUGCAGAAGAAUUCCUAAUGCAGUCACUUACACCAGUGUCCAAGUGGGCUUUGUUAGCCUGCAGCCCUCCCGUGCUUCAGCGGGCUCCUUCCUACCCAUCAGGUCUCCAGACUGAGUCUGUCCUGCUGUGCAUCCUGCCACAGAGAAUCCUGCUCUUGGAAGCCCGAAAAACAGUUCAACAUUAGUUCUGGGGCAGGAAUUCUGGUUCUUCCAGCAGGAGCAAGCUGAUGACAUUCUUGGUAAAUGUUACCCAAUUAGUGGAGUGUCCAUUGUUUGUAAGAGAUGUAAUUCUGUACUUUUAAAGAUUGUACUGGGGUAUCAGAGCAUACAUGCUGGAGGAUCGUUUGAUGGUUCAGAGUUCUAUGGCUGUCACUCAAUCCACACAGUCAAUCCCCACCUUUCACUCUGUGCCUCUCCUCCUGGGCACCUUCUCUAGUUAUCUAUGCUCGGUUUCUAUACUUCCUGCUCUGCACAGUAUCUAACCUCCUCCCCAGGCACCCAGGCCCUCUGGAGCCACCAUUCUUUACUACAGCUGUGAGGACCUGAGUGCUCUUGACUCUGUGGUUAUCAGUAUCUGCAUAGCGAAUAUAUAUUGGUCCCAGCCUUUGCACCUUGGCUUUUGCCCAUGUCCAUCCUCGUAGAGUAAAUGUGUCCAGAAAUUCCUGCAGGCCCUGCAGCCAUUGCAAACUUUGAUGGCAUUGUCAUUUCUACAAGGGAGCUCUCCUGGCAUUCACACUUCUGUGUGAUGCCUAUGCCAGCUUUUUUUUAAAUGGCCCUGGGUAGGCUAACUCUGCUCUGCUCUGCUCACGCUGUCUCAUGUGAACAGAACACACCAGAUCAGACUCCUACCAAGUCUCAGAAUGUGGAGAAGCCAAAUGCCAGUUGCCAUCUAUGUUUUCCACUGUGGAAUCAAAUACAGGGAAUUUCUCCAUGUGUGAGGUUAUGAGCUGCUGGGUAGAGCAGCUUUGUAAUUCCUCUGACUGUCUGCUCAUGGUUUUGCAUUUCUCUGUGGCCCAGUGGGUGGCACAGCUUCAUUUUGAGGUUUGGAGAAUUAAGGAUAGUCAUCUUGCUUCUGGAAAGUUAGUAGUUGGAAUCAUGUGGGGACAUGGAGAAGUCACAGAUAUCUACUCCACCAUUUUGCUAAUGCCACACUCCGGAUCUGUGCUUUUCUGUGGAUUCUGAUGGGGAGUCUAAAGGGAGCUUGAGUUCUUCAGUUUUUUUUUCUAAGAACAGUGUUCAACUAGGAGAUGAUAAACAAGAAUCACUUGGACAUCGAUGGUAGGCGGGGUGUAGUACCACUGUCCUGAAGGUCAGUGGUAUUUACUAUCUGUGGGAAAGCUCGAAACUGCUUCCUUUAAUACAUAUGCUUGUAAGAGUCAUUACACAGGUUAUAAUCAAAACUUAGUCUUGUUAUAAAUAAGAGAUUUCUUAAUGUGAAUGAGCAGGGAAUUAGUUGAUGACCUGUGCUGUGAUGUAAUAUCAAGCCCUAAUGCAAUAUGAUAAAGUGCUGCUUAUAUGAUAAUAAAACGAGUAGGAUGCUGGUGUCCACGGUGUGUCAGUAAAGGCCAGGGAGCAUACAUCUAAACCCAGCUGUCUCUGGGUCUUUUUGAAUUCGGUCAUUUUAAAUUUGUACAUUUUCUAACAAUUUCACAACCAACUUUGUAAUGAAAAUAUUUUUAUAGAAUGAAAUAAAUAUUUAUAAUUUAA